UAUCAGGUUUAGACGAUGCCGAUAUAUAUGCGCGUGAGGGUUACAGUUGCGGCAAGCGAAUCUAACAUUUCAGGACCGUGGACAGCGCGCGCAGACAAUAUUAUUUCAACCUUCUGAAUACGGUUGAAAGACAUUUUGACGACAAAAUCACAUUUGUAAAUCUAUCUCAUAAUGACUUGAAAUGGCUGUUCUGAAAGCACGGAAUCGCCAGCUUCAUGCGUUUACAUUUGAUCUCAGCUGCGUUCACGUGCAGCUGUUAGAUGCAUUGGCUGCUGUCACGGUGACGACUGUUAUCCAUUGGUUUGCCACGUUAAGAAGUUGAUAUAAAAGAUGUUCAUUGAAAUUAAAAAUCGCCAGGAGGACUUCACCCGUACAUCAACUGUGAAAUCAUUAAUCACAUUUCGUAUUGUUUAUAUGGUACCGAGGGACCACGUGUGUUGCUGCAGGAGGUGAGUAAGACGCGAGCCUAGCGCGAGGGUUGAGCAGAAUAGGAAUGAGAGCGUGGCGAGAGAAGAUACACAAGGAGCAACAGACGGGCAGGGCGUUCCUUCACCUGAAAGAAACCGAGAGCGAUCACGACAAAGGAGUCCCUCAAUGGACAAAUAACCAGAAGUCUGGCAAUAUAUUGUGAUCAACUGGGAAGUGGUUUUAGAGGUUCAAUCCAAGGGUGAAUAUAUUUUGCAUCUGGUUUUGUUUCAUAGCCCAAAACAUAAGUUCAACUAGCUUAUUUGUUUUUUUAAUUGAAUUUCACGACGGCUGGAAUUGACGGGUAAACAUAGGCUAAGUCAAAAAACGGAAACAUUUUCGUGAGAUUAUAGAACACACGGUAAGACACACAGCCGCAAUUCGCAGUUUAUAGUCACCACAUGUAUGGAUUUUCCUUCACAGCGACUGAAUCAGACUAUUUGGAUUCUUUGAGUUGAAAAUGAAUGCAGUGCCAUCGUGCAAUUGACUGGGAAUGUGAACCAAACAAAAGUUCAAGAAAUAACGCGAAUAAGUAUGAUUUGAAUAUUAAGAAGAACACUUGAUGCAGUCUCGGUAAACCACAUGUGUUCAUUUUAAUAUCAAGUUUGAAAAUGUGAUCGCGCUGAGGUUCUGCAUUGACGAAGAACAGGCAGACAGUACACCUGCUACGGUAUUCAAGGUUCAGUAUCUCUGGAUGAAGCAAUUGUUCCCUUUCCCUCUACACGAAAAAAAGGCUGGAUCCAGACUGGAUUUCGCCUCAUGGACUUGAGCUUCCAUAACCAUUACAACAAGUGGAGGAAAGUUGAGGUCUGAUUACUAAAGCAUACUAUAUGAAGAUCGCGACAGAAGUGUCGGCUUUUGCUCGCAGAAAUGCCUAUGCAUCCGGUGACCUCAACUUUAAUGUACAGGGGAAUUUGCACUAUUCCAGAUAUCCUUUCGUACCGGCCACCCGUAAACCUCCCCGAGGACGAAGUGGAGGAGAUACGCGAAGCCUUCAAGGUGUUUGACCGCGAUGGCAACGGCUUCAUCUCCAAGCAGGAGCUUGGCAUGGCCAUGCGCUCCCUGGGUUACAUGCCCAACGAGGUGGAGCUGGAGGUCAUCAUUCAGAGACUGGACAUGGAUGGUGACGGUCAAGUUGAUUUUGAGGAAUUUGUCACUCUCCUCGGACCGAAACUGACAGCGGCUGGAAUGCCUGACAAAUUCAACGGAACGGACUUUGACUCCGUGUUCUGGAAGUGUGACAUGCAGAAACUGACCGUGGAGGAGCUGAAGAGGCUUCUGUACGACACGUUCUGCGAUCACCUGUCCAUGAAGGACAUCGAGAACAUAAUCAUGACAGAGGAGAACCACAUCGAGAACCCGGAGGAGUGUCAGGUGGACAUCGACACCCCACGCAGCAGGUAAAGCAGACGUGCGUGAGGAAGAGCCUGAUCUGCGCCUUCGCCAUCGCGUUCAUCAUCAGCGUAAUGCUCAUCGCGGCCAAUCAGGUCCUGCGCAGCGGCAUGAAGUAGGAGGGCCCCAUCCGGUGGCCCCGCCUUCAACCCAACCGGACAAACUUGCGGGGGCCACUCCCCUCUUCCCCACCCCACCACACCUCCCCCCUCCCCCCCUCUGCCUUUACCCAAUCAGUGACCAAGAGGAUUGGCCAAACCAAUGGCGACGAGAGGAGGGACUCGUGGGCAGCCCAGUAGCACUGUCAUCCUCCCCCUUACACUAUCGCCCAAUCAGGCGAGGGGGGAGGGAUGCAUGAAAUCCUGGCAGAGGCCUUUCAACUCGAUGCAUGAAAUGCAUGGAUUUACAGUCAUCUCCACACAACAGUCGCCCUCCAUUUGUAGAAAUUACUAUCCAUAUAUAUAUAUGUAUAUAUAUAUAUAUAUAUAUAUAUAUAUGAAUAUAAACAUAAAUAUAUACAGCUAUAUAACUGAGGAUUAUAACUUACUUAUGAAACAACUGUGAUCAGUGAUGUACGCAGUGGGACUUGGAAAAAGGAAACGGAAGAGGAGGAAGAAUUUGGAGCUUCUCUGGGGAUGUGAGGUAGGGCUGGGGAUCAGGGUGGUGAGGGGGAGAAGGGAGCGUCAACAAAGAAUGAACAAAAGAAAAAGAGCAGAAAAUAUAAACUGCAAGGACAUCCUGUAAGGGCUGUUAAAGACAUAAUCGUGGUCCUAGGAGCAACUGUCACCCGCGGUAACAUGGGUCGCUCAUCGCACUCUGUAACAAUAAUCCGUCGUCCCGACAACGAGGGCAUUUAUAACUCAUUAAUGAUGCAUUAGAAAUAGCUGCAAAACAGUAAUUGAGCACACUGCAAUCAUUUCCAUAUUUCACAGACCACUGCUUUGGAGGCAUUUGCUAUUAAAAAAAAAAAAAAAAAAAUACACACACAAAAAAAAACCCCACCAGCAAUAAAAAAAAAAAAUAUAUAUAUAUAAAUAAUGAUUUACAAAGAAACAAAUCGGUGUCUCUGGAACGCGCCGUGCCUGCGGAGGGCACCCGAAAGAUCACUGGUAGUUAAUCCGAACGCAUCGCGGACGGUGGUGAAUAAAUCACAUUUCUAUAUAUCGCGUACAGCAUUAACCUGGCAGCUUUAAUCCAAACUGCUGCCAACGGAAAGAGCUUUACGAAGAAGCGCGGAGUGAAAUUAACAAGCGAUUUGGGGGAGGGCCUCUCGUGCCCCCUCUGUCGACAUGAAGCCGUGCCGGUGAGUCAGUGGGGGGUUCGCCUGUGGGUUAAAUCCAUGGCACUCUGCAGAGUAGGCAAUCUAGCCCUGUAAUUACAUUGUAAUUACUUUGAAACUGUUCAGUAACUCCGGUUUACGUAUCCUUGGACGGCAUUGAUUGUGGAGCGCACGUCUGUGCUUCACGGAUUACCUGACCGAGCGUAGCCCGGUCCUUAACCUGUGCUCUAAUCCAGCUUCUGUCCUCUACCCAACCUCUAUUACCCACACUGUAAACAUAACCAAUAUUGACCAUUACAUCAUAUAUAUACAAGGUACAGUAAGCUCCAAAGUGGUUCAUACCCUUGAUAAAAAUGAAAAAAAAAGACUGUAUAAAACAUAUAAUACAAGUAGUCAGCUGUAUUUUAAUUCUCAAACAUGGGGGAGAGGAAUUCUGCUUAAAUAAUGAUUAGAAGAAAAGAUCAGUUUGCUGCCAGGUUUCAGUUUCCCAUGCAGAGGAAGCCAAGUUUUUGGCCAAAAUGUCUCUGGCACCUGCUGGAGUACAACAGCCCCCAAGAACCGCAGGACCAGCCAAUGCCUCUUUCUCUGGAAACCCUUCCAAAAAAAGGCCUUUGGCAGUGAGGGGGCAUCUCAUUAUAGAUUUACAGACUUUAUGUCCCUAAGAUGUAAGCACUUUUUUCUUUUGUGGAUCUCAAACUCUGGUUUUUCUUUGCUUCCCCCAAACCACCUGCCUCACUGUACAUGGAGGCAAGCUAUACCUGAACCCUCUGCCAGGUCGGUUCCAGUGUUUCAAAACUUUAUUUUAAAACUUUUUUAUUCAUUUGUAAUUGUUUCCCGAUAACCAUUUAGCUUGUUUCUCCCGAGAAUUAUUUUGUUCAAAUGCCUUUCACCAGAGGAAUGGAUGGCACAUUGGAUAUUUCAUUUUUAUAGCCUAGUGAAACAGGAAAGGAGGCCACAAUAAAGUUCAUUAAGCUUAAAAUUAACCCAAAGUAGCAUGUUAAAUGUGGGUAUUUGUUUUGUUAGAUUUAU